AUGUACGCUAUCACUAUCCUCGUUCCCUUCCUUCUGGCCCUUGACGCCAUGUUCGCCGCCCCCUUUGGAGGAGCCAUCGGCAUUAUUAUGAUCUUUUGUCUCUCCGGUUAUGAUGACAACGAUCCCUCUGCCAAUAUCUUCGCCCUUUUCGCAAACACUCUUACGGCUAUUUGCGUGAAGUAUGCCCUUGGAGGAGGUGUUCUUCGGGAAAUCCACGGAAUCGCGCUCAUGUGCGCAUGCAAGGAUUCUUGGGGUGUCACGUAUCCCAGCGCGAUCACCGUUGCGACGACCAUGAUAAUGCAUAAGUUUCUCACUAGCGACAAGGAUAUGUUUCUUCUUGAUCUUGUCAUGAUUGUCUGCGCUGCAACCCCCUCUCUUCGACACAUCCCUCACCAGUGGGCUAUGGCCAAGCAGCCAAACCAGAUUACGCCGACUGAAAGCCCGCCUAAGUCUAAAGAGCCUGUUGGCGACCAACCUAGUAUUCAGCAGCCUAUUAUCGAACAGUCUGCAGCUGAUCAGCCUACCAUUGACCAGCCUACCGUUGAGAAGCCUGCCGUUGAGAAGCCUGCCGUUGAGAAGCCCGCCAUUGAGCAGCCCGUCAUCGACCAGCCCGUCAUCGAGCAGACCAUCAUCGAGCAGACUAUCAUCGAGAAGCCUGCCCCUGAGGAGUUUACCCCUGAAGAGUCUACCCCUGAGAAGCUCAGUGAUGACACGCCUUCUAUCGAGGUGCUCACUACUCAUGGUUCUCCUAUUUCUCAACCCACUAGUGAGGAGCCUCUAGACGUGCAGCCUACUAUGGAACAGAUGGUUAUUGAGCAAGCUGUUGCUGUUGAAGGACAUAGUACCGAAAACCUCUUGACCAACGGCCCUGUUACCUUCGAGCUGCCUCCCGCGGAGCAGCAAUCCAUUGUGACGGCGAUUACUGAACAACCUACCUCCCAGUCCCCCGAGAUUCAGGAGAUGUCUUUCACCGAGCAGCUUACUGAGACGAACUCUAUGGAGGAGCACACUAUUUCGGAGACUCUUAAGGAGGAGCCCUCGGCUGAGCAAUGUGCAAUUGAACAGCUUAGCGAGCCUAUUGUAGAGGAUCAUGCUAUUGAACAGGUCUCACACGAUGAGCAACCAUCCGAUGAUAUGGCUCAAUGGGAAGAGAUUAUUGACAAUAUACUGGACGAUAUGCUGUCUCUAGAUAAUUCGCAGCAGGCCGAGAACAGCCAGUCUAGCAACGAGCAUGUUGUUACCUACGAGCCAGAUAUAAUCCCCCCGCCGGCACAGUACGACUCCAAUAUACAAUUUCUAGAGAACCCUAUGGUCAUAGAACAAGCUGUCGAAAAUGGUCAUCUUUUCGACAGUGAACCACCUAUUCUCACCCAAUCUACGCCCGUGUUCACGUUCAACAGCGAGCAGUCUACUCAAGCCGAACAAUCUUCCUCCUCUUUUAACUUCGGUGUUGGACAGUCCACACCCACAUUCUCUUUCGUCAACCAGCAGCCCAUAGAAGUUGAACAACCUGCUGCCAUUUUUAACUUCGGUGCUGAACAGUUUAUUCAACCCGAACAACAUACCCCUAUACCCCCCUUCCUUAAUGAGCAGCCAAUUCAGGUUCCACAGCCAAUGUCGGUGUUGUCUUUCAGUAAUGAGCAAUUCACGGAAGCUGAGCAACCUGACUAUACCAUUAACUUUGGCGGUGAACAAUCUACACCUAUGUUCUCUUUCGGCAACGAGCAAUCCACAGAAGCUGGACAGUCUGCCCCUAUCUUUAACUUCAGUGGCGAACAAUCUGCGCCAGUGUUCCCUUACGGUGACGAGGAGCCUAUCGAACCCGAGCAGUAUGCUUCAAUGUCCUAUUCCAGUCACAAAGACUUUAAUAAUAUCGGACAACUUACCUUCCCGGGGCGCUCCCUAAUGGCUCACAGGAAACCCCAAACCGAUGAUCGAAUUCAUGAGGCAAUGGAUGUCGAAACCGAUGAAGACGAAACAGGUGAAGCAAACCUAGAGGCAAUGGAAGAAGAAACCGACGAUGAUAUUCUAGAAUUGAUGGAGCAGACACUUGAGGAGGAGCUAGCAAUGGAGCUUGCAAAUGGUCAAGAUCCUGACAACGAAGAAUCUAUGGAAGAUGCACCAGAACCGCGAGAGGCAGAAAAAUUGGAUCUCGACGCCCUUAAGAAGACCCUCAAAAACAAUUUAGAGGAACGCUCAAAAGAAAGCAUCAUGGGACGAGGCGGGAAGCAGAGGGCUUUCGACCAAGCAGCUGUGAAGGGGUCCCUCCUACCUGACACUUACUACACCAUGGAUGACGAGGGCUUGCCUCACAAGGAGACCGAUGGGCUUCCAUUUACAGAGAUGGAUGAUGAACGUCUGAGUGUCAUGAUGGAGAGAUUAGACACAGCAAGCAAGCACAACCAAGACGAGCAGAACGAGAAGAAUCUUCUGGUCGCGGAGGCCGAGAAGAAGUUGAAGGAGGGGUGGCAAAAGAAGAAGAACGACGCAGACUACCAAUCACUAAUGAAAUUAAAGAAGAAACCUGCCAACCCGUUCCUCGUUCCAAAGAAACCGAAGAAACCGGCAGAUAAAAAGUAG